AUGGCCUCUGACUACUACGAUUCCAAGUUGUUGGAGACGGCGAGGCGGCUGCUGGAGGUGACCUCCAUAACUGAGGCAGAGCAGCUGCCCAGACUGCCCUCGGGGUUCUACGACGCCUUCAUCCUUAGGGGAAUCCGCAUCGUCCAGGCCCUCCAGCCCGGCACACUCCUCUGCCAUUUCACCGUCCCCUCCAGACUACUGAAUUCGGGCGGCUUCCUACACGGCGGUGCAACCGCCUCCCUAGUCGACUUGGUUGCCUCCGCCGCCUUCGCCACUGCCGGUCUCCGCACCAGGGGCUCGCCCCUUGAGAUGAACAUAUCCUACGUUGAUGCUGCUUUUGCUGAUCUUCAUAGUAGCAGUGUUCUAGCGCUAAAGCCAGAUUGUGUCAAGUUGUUUCCCUUUUACCUCUUUCAAUUGGGACUGAUGCUGACACUGACAGGCAUGAGAUGCUUGGUUUCGUGUAGGAAGAGAUUGAUAUCGAAGCGAAGGUUCUGCGCGCUGGCAAGGUAG